AUGAUCUCGGAGUCGUCAAAGAGCACGCUGAAGCAGUGCGGCGAUGCCGUAAACGGUGUCACGGAGGAGAGGAAGCUGUUGGAAGGGGCACGCUCGAAGCUCGACAAGAUGAGCGGGAAAUCCAUCGAGGGGGUGGCAGACGCUAUCACAAAAGCGAGCGAGGACGCCGUCGAGAAGCAGCUCAAGCUUGUCGAGGAGCGGCUGGUUGCUUCAGUCGUGAAGGGUAUUGAGAAAGCCGUUAAGGAGGACUUGUUCUACUCCACCCUCCCACCCGAGAGCAUGAAGGAGCUGAAGGACGUUGUGAGAGAAAGCUACCAAGAAGCUGAAGAUGGCAGAUUGGAAGUCCUCACCGAAGCGAUGGCGAGAGGGUCUCAGGGCUCGGCGGGCCCGUCGACGAGGUCGCGUCAGGAGGAGGGGGUGGCUGGUGUUCGCAGCGGGGUUGAGCGUCGAGUUCAUGAGCGCUCGGUUCCUCCUCCUUCGGUGGGAGGACAUGGCCUCGGGAAAAAGGGUGGGAAAGGAGUGGUUUCGGGGGAGAAAAGUGGUGCCCCAAUCGGCCAGGUCGCCUCAGCCGGGAAAGGAGCCGUGGAAAAGCGAGGUGCCCCUACCCCGUCCGGCGGCGCUGCGGGGAAAGGAGCGGGGGAGAAACGGGGUGCUCCCAGCCAGGUCGCCGUCGCUGCUGGGUUGUUGUCGAAGACAAAGGCCGACUCAGCUGCGCAGCUCGGCAUUGUUGGCUAA